AUGUUGAUCCUCACCUUCCUCUCCGAACGAAUCAACCAGCGAGCGCUCAUGGGCAUUUUCGUACAAGUCUGGUUCCUUCCUUGCAUUAUAGCUCUAGCCGUGCUACCGUCUGAUGUCAGCAGAUGGGCCUCUUACGCAGUUGUGACGGUCCUCCUCUCUUAUCCGACGCCACAUCCCAUGCAGGUCGGUUGGUGUAGCCGAAAUUCCAACACUGUCCGCACUCGAACCGUCUCCGCUGCCGUGUACAACAUGGUUGUGCAGGUGCAGUCCAUCAUCAGCUCCAACAUUUACCGUAAGGAUGAUAGGCCCGAAUACCGCCGGGGAAUCGUGUUUUGA